AUGCUUCGUAUCGAUGAAGAAGGUUUACACGAUACCGAGGAAACGACAGUUGAUCAAUUUCCUUCUGUUGUUCGACCACCUCCGGAGUACAACGAUUGUGAUCUCGGUAACACCACCAACGUUUGCUCACGCAAACAAACCAGCGUCCAGACUGAACAUACUAAAUAUCAUCUAACGAAUCGAUCGGCGUCUUUACCGUCUCGUCAGUCAUCGUCUCCGCCGAGUAUAAACACUGAAGAAAACAUUAAACAACGUCGACGAUAUGCUAGUGAUUCCUGCAAUAACAAUAAACAUCUAACAGCUUCAAUCGUAACUUCGUUUCUUCAAUACUUACGAAGUGAAUUAAGAGCGACAACACACGAUCAAAUAAAUGAUUACGAACGAAUUAAAACAAUGGUAAAACUGCUCAAUUCUCUCUCUGUCUCUUUCUUUUACUAA